AUUUCUCGCAGUUCUCUUCAAAAUGAGUUGCUUCGUGACGGUUGGAUCAACAUUGUUCGAAGACUUGAUAAAUCAAGUUCUUUGUGAAGCAUCACUAGAAAAUCUCAAAAAGAUCGGAGUCAAGAAGAUUCGCCUUCAAAUUGGAAAAGGAAAUUUCAAUCAAGACGUCAUUGAUCGUGUUUUUGGAGAAACAUCUGGAGAUGAAGGAUCUGUAAAGUGUGAUGGUCUCGAUAUAGAUUAUUAUCGUUACAAGCCAUCGUUGAGUGAAGAUAUGGCUGAAGCUUUGAUUGUAAUUGGCCACGGAGGUGCCGGAACUUGCUUGGAAGUGUUGGCGCUUCAUCUCCCAUUCAUCACAGUAACAAACGAUAAACUAAUGGACAAUCAUCAAGCCGAACUCGCCGUGCAACUUUCAGACGAAGGAUACCUUCUCCAAUGCACCCCAUCAACGCUUCCAGAAACUAUUUUGAAAGAAAAUUUGUUCUCUCUUAGACAAUUUGCAGCGCCUUCAAAGAAGUUUGUCGCUGAACAUAUCAAACAAUUGGUUGGAAUCAAGAAUCAUUAAUUGAAAGUGAUGAUGAUAUUUUAAUUAAUUCACUGUGAAUACAUUUUUAAAUAUAUAAUAUUAUGAAGUUUUAGACAUA